GUUGGUGGCUUUGGACUUCCAGAGAAGCUGACAAACAUAAACAUAACCAUAAGCCAUAAACGUAGGAAUAACAAUACAAAGCAUACAAGAAAAGUGUUAUUGCAAUAAAGAGAAGAAAUUCUCGCUGCGGUCGCCUACAAAGUGAGAAAAUGUCACUGAGCCGGUGUCAAUAAAGCUUCCUUGGAUUUGAAGUGGCGCGCAGCCUGCUGGGAAAUGUAGUUUCGGCUUUUGUCGCGCCCACGGCCGGUGGAACGGGGCCUCACGGAGCAGGAAAUUGGCUUAGCGGGCCUUUGCGCGUCCAGGCUGCCGAGAUUCGGGCUGUUCGUGAUGGACAGUGCUUUGAACUUCAUUACACCAAGAUGAUCCCCCAUCUACUGUAACAUACACCUCUGUCUAAGAGGGACCAUCUGUUGGCACAAUGCAACAGAUUUUGGAAUUGGCACUGGAUCGCGCUGAGUAUGUCAUUGAGAGCGCCAGACAGAGGCCUCCGAAACGGAAACAUUCAUCUGGAGGAAGGAAAUCCGUGUUUCAUAAGUUAUAUGACUUGUACAUUGAAGAAUGUGAAAAAGAGCCAGAAAUAAAGAAGCUGAGACGAAAUGUGAACUUGCUAGAGAAACUGGUAAUGCAGGAGACUCUCUCUUGCCUUGUGGUCAAUCUGUAUCCUGGAAAUGAAGGGUACUCGCUUAUGCUUCGAGGAAAAAAUGGAUCAGAUUCAGAAACAAUCCGUCUUCCCUACGAAGAAGGAGAACUCUUGGAAUAUCUGGAUGCUGAAGAAUUGCCACCAAUAUUAGUAGAUCUGCUGGAAAAAUCUCAGGUUAAUAUUUUUCAUUGUGGGUGUGUUGUAACGGAAAUUCGUGACUACAGGCAGUCUGGCAACUUCAAAUCUCCAACAUACCAAAGCAGGCAUAUUUUGUUACGGCCAACAAUGCAGACCUUGGUUUCAGACAUACAUGCCAUCACCAGUGACAACCAUAAAUGGACACAGGAGGACAAACUUUUGUUAGAAAGCCAGUUAAUCUUGGCAACAGCAGAGCCUUUAUGCCUUGAUCCUUCUGUAUCUGUUACCUGUACUGCAAACCGGCUGCUGUUCAACAAACAGAAGAUGAACACUUGUCCAAUGAAGAGGUGUUUGAAGAAGUAUUCCAGACCAUCUUUAAAUAGACAGCAAGAAAUAUCUAACUGUCCCACCCCACCACAGCUGAAACUGCUCGACUAUCUACACAGGAGGAAAGAAAGAAAAUCUCUGCAGCCUCAGAUUGACCUAAAAAUAUCCAAAACUGGAAACUGUUUAGACAUAUGGAAACCAAACUACAGCACUUUAACGGUACCAUUGGAAGUAGAUGUUGAAAAAUAUGCAAAAGUGGAAAAAUCGAUCAAACUUGAUGAUUCUCAACCUACUGUCUGGCCUGCAGAUGAGAUGAAAGAGGAUUACAUAUUUGAAUGUGAAAGUGGCAGCCCAUUCCAGAAAGCAAAGCUGACCGUUUUCCAGAAUGUAGGCAAUCCUCUCUACUUCGGCAAAUUGCAGACUUCAAAAAGCCAUGAUGAUAAUGACUACAGCCUCUCCCCCUCUCAAUUCCUUAUUGGAUCUAAGAUUGAAAUUGACAGGGUUGUCAAUCAGUAUCUUGACUUGUUUGAAAUUGAAACCAAGGGUGUUGUGAAGUUGAGUCAUAGCACCGGAUCCUCGCUCAGCCAUAAUCAGCUUUCUCCUGGCAAAGAAAUUGAGGUUGAAGGCAUAUUGAAGUGUCUGUCUCCUGUAGUUAUUCAGGGCUACAAGCAGUCUGACAGUAUCACAGGCUCUGUUCAGUCCUCCGUUUUGGGAAAAGGUGUCAAGCACAGGCCACCUCCCAUAAAACUUCCUCCAGGCUCUGCAUCUAGUUCUUCAGGUAAUAUUUUUAGUCCCCUGCAGGCAAGUAGCCAUCUCAAGUCCACAACCCCUCCUCCCAACAAGCCCCCAAGUAUCUCUCGGAAGCAGUCAGUGGACCAUAAUCAGGUUGGAAUGCUUUCUCCAGGGGCAAUGUCCCCCGCCAGCUCUUCACAAAGAUCUGGAACUCCCAAACCAUCUACUCCUACACCAACCAACACCCCAUCAUCGACUCCGCAUCCUCCUGAUGCUUUGAACUCAACUCCUAUCACCCCUUCUGUUACCCCUACACCCCAAGAUUCAAGCUUUAAUUCACAGGCCACUUUGUUAACUCCAUUUGCUCAGCAGCAAAUGUCUCUGGGUCAGGGCUUGCCUGUAAUGACCAUCCCACUAUCCACCAUGGUAACAUCUAUCACUACAGGAACCUCCUCCACCCAGGUCAUGGCAAAUCCUACUGGACUAAACUUCAUCAAUGUAGUUGGCUCUGUAUGUGGUCCUCAGACACUGAUGAGUGGCUCAAAUCCAAUAUUGGGGUGUAACACUGGUGCCAUUACCCCUGCAGGGAUAAAUCUGAGUGGCAUUUUACCAUCAGGAAGUCUAGUGCCAGGGGCAUUGCCGGCUGCCAUGCAGUCUGCCUCACAGGCAGGUGGCCCGUUUGGCUUAAAAAAUACUUCAGGUCUGAGGCCUUUAAAUCUGCUGCAGCUUUCUGGUGCUCCCAUCCUAUUCAACCCCAUGCAGCAGCAGCAGCAGCAGCAAGUCUCCCAGUUUUCACCUCAACAGCCCCAACAGACAUCAACUUCCAGCCCACAGCAGCAGGGAGAACAGCUGGGACUGUUACCAGCGGGAAUGGACCAAGGUUCUAGCAACCAAGAUCAGCAGGCAGCUGUAAUUAACUUAACCGGAGUAGGCGGCUUCAUGCCUCCCCAAGCAGCUGUGUUGUCUCAGCUUGGCUCUGCUGGGAACAGACCCGGGCAAAACCUGCCAUCACAGAGACUGCAGCUCUCUCCUGCCUUACAACAACAGCAGCAGCAGCAACAAAUACAAUUGCAAUUCUUGCAUCAUCAAAUGGCUAUGGCAACAGCAGCACAAGCAGCCCAGUUCCCGCCCCUGCCUCAUUCCGACAGCCAAUCAAGAAGUAAAAGGAGGGGCAGUGCCGGAUUUGACGCAAAACCCUGAGCCUUGAACUCCAUAUCACACCUUUGAGCAGAAUUAUUAACCGACUAUUGCCUUCCAAUUACUAUUUUUUUAAAACUGUUUUAAAUUAUUCUUACACGAAUACUUGCAAACGAGCUUUGUGAAGAGAUGUCUGACUUAUAUGUGCAUUAAAAUGGACAUACAUUAUUAGUGGUCUGGGGGCCUUCACAAACCUGGUGGGGGGGGGGGGAAAGAUUUUUAACUUGCAUCCAUGUGAGGAGGAGACUGAGACGCUGCACCCAUAGAGACAGAACUGUAGCGAGUAAAUGUAGCCAUGGUAAUGUUUAUUUAGUACAAAAGGUGUGCAAUCACUGUAACAAAUACAACUUUUUACAUGGUCAUUUUUAAAA